AUGCCGGGCCGGGCGCAGAGCGGCCCCAAGCGGAAGGCCACCUUCCUCAGGGCUUACGAGAACGGGGGAGUCGCGCCCCAGGGCAGCGCCAGCCCUGGCCAGCGCGCGGACCCCGACGUCGUGAAGUCGUCCUCCGCCGACGACAUGUUCCUGAGGUCGAACACGCUCGACGGCCUCACGGAGUUCAAGGGCCCGUCGGACCUACAGGAAGAUGUGGUAUCAGAUGCCACCCAGGGCAUCCAGCUCGACAUGGCGUCCAGCGGCAUCGGUGUUCCUGGGGGUGACGGAGGAAAAGGCAUUUCAAACGGCAGCAUCCGCGGUUUCUUGGCAGAGCUCAAGAUUGGCGACACCAGCGAGGCUGCGACGGAGGCCGCCCGGGCCAGCGGCCACGUCGCGCCCAUCCCCAUGUCCUGGAGGGCCAGCGGUUCUGCGGAGCCCGCGGGGAGCGCGCGGACGCUGGCGAAGUGCGGGCCCUGGACCUGCAUCUGGUGA